CACAUCAGUGCGGCUGCAGCGACCAACACAAGAGGAGGGCAGCGUAAGACACGAGCCGGUCAAGGACGCUGUGGGUGGUUUUUUUUUUUUUUUUUUCGUACAAGAGCGGAUCGCAGUCCGAAUCCUGAAAGGUUGUGAAACAUAGUGAGCAGGGGACGUGAUUGUGGACGUCAGAAGGCACAGUGGAGGUUUUCUGCUCUGACGCUUGAACGGAGAAGUGUUUAGACUGUGGAGCUUCCUUGUUAUCAAAUGGAUGCGUGCGCGUGAGGAGAAUACUAAUCAGCGGCGCGCUGCGUCCUGCCAAGGCGCACCGCUUGCCUCUCUGCUGCUGCUGCUGAGGGCCACAGCAGAACCGAUCAAUCAUCCAGAGCGCACCAGGACCUGCGCAGUCCCCCCACUUUCUCGACCUGAGGAAUUUUACGCCUUUAGCCUCGGAAUUAAUGAGCCGGAUCUGAGCUUUAAAGCAUUUUUAUUUACAUAUUCAGGGCGUGUGUGAAAAUCCUCCUGGAGUUUCAGGGAAAAUAAAAACGCCAAAAUGGGUAACAGCUUCUCCAACAUCUCUGCCUUCCAGUCUCUUCACAUCGUCAUGCUGGGUUUGGACUCUGCUGGGAAAACCACGGUUCUUUACAGACUCAAAUUCAAUGAAUUUGUCAACACGGUUCCCACGAUCGGAUUUAACACAGAGAAGAUCAAGCUGAGCAAUGGUACCGCGAAGGGCAUCAGCUGUCACUUCUGGGAUGUAGGGGGCCAGGAGAAGUUGAGGCCCCUGUGGAAGUCCUACAGCCGAUGCACCGACGGGAUCAUCUACGUCGUGGACUCCGUGGAUGUGGACAGGCUGGAGGAGGCAAAGACUGAACUGCACAAAGUCACCAAGUUUGCGGAGAACCAAGGCACGCCGCUGCUCGUUAUUGCCAACAAACAGGACCUACCCAAAUCUCUCCCGGUGGUGGACAUUGAGAAGCAGCUGGCCCUGCACGAGCUCACCCCCUCCACCACCUACCACAUCCAGCCCGCCUGUGCCAUUAUUGGCGAGGGGCUUCACGAGGGCAUGGACAAGCUGUAUGAAAUGAUAGUGAAGAGGAGGAAAUCUCUUAAACAGAAGAAGAAGCGGUAACGUCCGCAAAGUCUGGACACGAUCUUACUGUGAGGAAUCCGGGUUCUACCAGUGUUGCCCAAACAUUUUUACUUUGCAGUGUUUAUUAUUUUCCCCUCAUCCUCUGGAUUAAAGCUCUUUGACCUGUGAAGCCCUGCUGAAUGAUGCUUUUGUGCACAGGAGGCUGCAGGGUUUGGGUAAGGGUUAUGUUAACCAAAAAAAAAAAAAAAAAAAAAAAAAAAAGAAAGACAAAUUAAGACAAGACUUGAUAGAGGUACAGCACUGAAGGAGAGAAACGGGCUGGCCUGUUUAUCUGCUGCUUCAUCUUAGACUUUGAACACAGAAGAAGCUGUAAACUCACUGAGGACUUCUUUUAUGGACUCACAUUGUUUUUAUUUCCAGGAUGUCUUUAUUGAAUCACAAGUUUGAUUUUGCACGUAGCCAGGGUCACUUGUGUCCCUGCUCUUUUUUUUAUUUUUUCCUUUAGACAUCUGUACUAUCAGCUCUUUAUUAUGGGUGUCAUGCAGACUGUUUUAUGGAGCAUUGAAGUAGCCUUUCCUCUACAUUGUGGACUGAGGACAGCGUCCACUACUUUGCACUUUUCAUUUAAUAACAAACAGUAGGAAAACUACACUGUAUUAAUAGAGGAGCAGAUCCAGGUUGUUUAUGUACUAAGAAGCCAAAAUUGAAGUAUUUUUUGAAUAUUAAAAAAAGAUUUUAAAUGCAUGGUUUGGGUGACUGGUCUUCCUUUUUCUUGUGGCCAAGAAGUGGCAGCAUGAAAAGACAAAAAGCUCAUUAGUGACCUAAGUUAUUUCUUCAUGAAGAUGCAGUCACAGGUGAGGGUCAAAAGGGUCACAGCUCACACAGGAGGUUGACUGGAGAUGUGGAAAAAUAAAAGGCCUCAACUCAGGUCUCCGUUGUAUCAUCUGCACAUGAAGACAACGUUUAGAGCAAAGCUGGAGCCCAUUUGUGAAAUUUAUGGAUCUGCAUUGCAGUGCUGUAUUUACAGCAACAGCAGAGCUAAAAUUGGGCCAGUACAUUAUAGAUUUUUAUCCUGUAGCAUUUACUCUUACUUACCACUCUGCAAUAAAGUGGGCAUGGUUAAAUAGUUAUAUCUGACCUUCUCAGAUGAGGCAAAAUGCUGCAUCUCUGACUUGAUGCCAGACAGCUGCAGAAUUGAAGUGCUGUAAAUCCAAUCAAUAUAUUUUGAGGUAAAUGUUUAGUGAUGUCUUGCUUCACAACAUUUAGGGGGCUAAAUGAACCUUUUUACGGCCUUUUAAUAACUGACAGCUGCAGUUACCUUGAAGAUUUCCCAUAAAAUGUUCAAAACUAAUAAUACAAGAAAUAAACAUCCAGAUUAAAGGUAUAAAAAUAACUGCAGGUAUAAAUCAUUAACUCUUAAGAUGAAGUUACACUAAUGAUGCAGUUUUAUUUUUUCAGCUCUUUUAGAAGGUGACAUGUCCAUGCUCCGAUGAAGGAUCCUGUCCCCCAACACUGGGAAUACUCUGUUUAAAUGAGACCACAAGAUUCUUUUUGCAGUAAAGCUGUAUACAUAAGAACACAGCGCUGCGCCCUUCUAAGUGUUGACCAACCUUUUCACAUAAGAUCCAACGUGGCGUUUAUCAGCUGAGAUAAAGAGCACUGUGAUGGAGCAGAUUUAAAGGUGGAGCAGAGGAUGCAAAAAGGUUAAAAAUGUACUGAUCUCUUCCUGCUGCCAUUAAUCAUUAUCUCAUGACUCCAUCAGAUUAAUCAGGUAAGGAUCAGAGAGCAUGAGCCAGAGGUUGGGAACCAUUUACUAUUUAAAAUUACAAUCCUGCUUUUAAGACUUCUGCACUUGUUUGGAUAUUAAAUAAACUUAAUGUCAUUUGAAUCAAUGAUCUGAACACUUCCACAGCUGUUCAGGCCAACUGAGGGUUUUACAUUCCUGUUGUGUGACUCAUUCAUCUAAAUUUUAUCACCAUAUCUCACCUCUGUUUAGCUCAUAUUUAAGAAUUUAACUAGAAGCAUGCAAUAAAUUAUGAAAAAAUUUAGGUGAUUAGAUAACACAACAUGGAUAUAAUGCAUGCAGCUAAAUG